AUGGAGGCGAUCGAGGAGUUGUUGCAACUAUCAGACUCGAUGCGCCAAGGCGCGGCUGUACUUGCCGACGAAGAUGUUGACGAAAACUCAAGCUCCUCCCGCAGGGCUUCCAGUUUCCUUAACGUCGUCGCUCUCGGCAAUGUUGGUGCUGGUAAAUCAGCUGUUUUGAACAGUUUAAUUGGACACCCCGUUUUGAUCGACAAUAAAUCUCAGCAAGUUUCUGCAAGUGCUUUACGGCAUUCUCUGCAAGGUAGGCUGAGUAAUGCCACAGGCAAAAGUCGAGAUGAAAUUAAUUUGAAACUACGGACAAGUACAGCCCCACCUCUAAAGUUGAUUGAUUUACCUGGGCUUGAUCAACGAAUCAUGGAUGAGUCAAUGAUUAGCGAAUAUGCUGAGCACAAUGAUUCAAUUUUGCUCGUUAUUAUACCUGCAUCUCAAGCACCUGAAGUUGCUUCAUCUCGAGCCCUCAGAGUUGUCAAAGAAUACGAUGGAGAUGGUACCAGAACUGUUGGUGUAAUUAGUAAAAUAGACCAAGCUUCUUCAGAUCAGAAAGCACUUUCUGCAGUCCAGGCUCUUCUGUUAAAUCAGGGGCCAUCAAGAGCAUCUGAUAUUCCAUGGGUUGCUUUAAUUGGCCAAUCAGUUUCAAUAGCUUCUGCACAGUCUGGAGGUUCUGAGAGUUCACUAGAAACUGCGUGGAGGGCUGAAAGUGAAAGUCUGAAGUCCAUUUUGACUGGAGCCCCUCAAAGUAAGCUAGGUAGAGUAGCAUUAGUGGAUGCUCUGGCGCAGCAGAUUCGAAGUCGUAUGAAAGUCCGGCUUCCAAACCUCCUUACUGGGUUACAAGGCAAGUCUCAAGUAGUUCAGGAUGAGUUGGUAAAGCUUGGUGCGUCAAUGGUGCAGAGUGCCGAGGGUACCAGAUCUCUAGCUUUGGAACUUUGCCGUGAAUUUGAGGAAAAGUUUCUCCAACACAUUACAUCUGGUGAGGGUUCUGGAUGGAAAAUUGUUGCCAGUUUUGAAGGAAACUUUCCAAAUAGAAUAAAACAACUUCCAUUAGACCGACAUUUUGAUAUCAAUAAUGUGAAGAGGAUUGUGUUGGAAGCGGAUGGCUAUCAGCCAUAUCUCAUAUCCCCUGAAAAGGGUUUGAGAUCUCUAAUAAAAGGUGUUUUAGAGCUUGCAAAAGAGCCAUCGCGUCUUUGCGUGGAUGAGGUACACCGUGUCCUGGUCGAUAUAGUUUCUGCUGCUGCAAAUGCUACACCAGGUCUUGGAAGAUACCCUCCUUUCAAGAGGGAGGUUGUGGCCAUUGCAAGUGCUGCGUUGGAUGCAUUUAAAAAUGAAGCUAAGAAAAUGGUGGUUGCACUGGUAGAUAUGGAGCGUGCUUUUGUGCCUCCCCAACACUUCAUUCGCUUGGUGCAAAGGAGGAUGGAGAGGCAGAGAAGAGAGGAGGAAGUGAAAAAUCGAUCCUCAAAGAAAGGACAAGAGGCGGAGCAAGCAAUAAUGAACCGGGCGACUAGUCCUCAAACAGGGGGUGAGCAAGCUGGUGGAAGCUUGAAAUCAUUGAAGGAUAAGGAUAAAUCUGGUAAGGACAGCAAAGAAGUACAGGAGGCAUCUGGUUUGAAGACUGCAGGUCCGGAAGGAGAAAUAACAGCAGGUUUCUUGUAUAAAAAAAGUGCCAAGACUAAUGGGUGGAGCAAGCGAUGGUUUGUUUUGAAUGAAAAGACUGGAAAGCUUGGCUACACCAAAAAGCAAGAGGAGAGACACUUUCGUGGUGUCAUCACUUUGGAGGAAUGUAAUAUUGAAGAGGCUUCUGAUGAGGAAGAACCACCUCCAUCAAAGAGUUCGAAGGACAAGAAGGGAAAUGCGUCAGAAAAAGCACCCAGUCUUGUGUUUAAAAUUACUAGCAAAGUUCCAUAUAAGACAGUUCUGAAAGCGCACAGCGCUGUUGUGUUGAAGGCUGAGACCGUGGCAGACAAGAUUGAGUGGAUAAAUAAGAUUGGAAAGGUUAUUCAACCUUCUAAAGGACCACUGAGGGGUGCAACAACUGAAGGUGGUCCUACCAUGCGACAAAGUCUUUCUGACGGUUCUCUUGAUACUAUGACUCGAAGACCUGCUGACCCUGAAGAAGAACUUCGGUGGAUGUCUCAAGAAGUUCGUGGAUAUGUUGAAGCUGUUUUGAAUAGUUUGGCUGCAAAUGUCCCUAAGGCAGUUGUUCUUUGCCAAGUUGAAAAAGCCAAGGAAGACAUGCUAAAUCAACUAUAUAGUUCUGUCAGUGCACAAAACACAGUGAAGAUUGAAGAGCUGCUUCAAGAGGAUCAGAAUGUAAAGCGUCGGAGGGAGCGCUACCAGAAACAGUCCUCACUACUUUCCAAACUAACACGCCAACUUAGUAUUCAUGACAACCGAGCGGCUGCUGCCUCCAGCUGGUCCAAUGGUGGUGGUGGUGCACCAGAAAGCAGCCCAAGAUCAAGUGGUGCAACAGGUGAUGACUGGAGAUCUGCCUUUGAUGCUGCCGCCAAUGGUCCAGUUGACCGUAAUUCAUCUAUAUCUAGGUCUUCAUCCAAUGGCCAUAGUCGACAUUAUAGUGAUCCAGCACAAAAUGGUGAUGUGAACUCAGGUUCAAACUCUGGUAGCCGUCGCACUCCUAAUCGGUUGCCACCUGCACCACCAGGUUCUUCAGGCAGCAGAUACUUUUAG